CCCCGGGGGGAGGGCAGUUCCGCUCCAGCACUGCCGGCGGAGACAGCAGCAAUGCAGGGCUAUUCAUCCUGGCGGCGCGACGCAGGCGGCUGCUGAGCCAGGCUGCGGGGGAGCUGGGGCCGCGCCGAGGGGAUGGUGCUGGAGGGCAGCCCCGAGGCCGUCAGCUCCCAGUCCCUGGAUCUGCGGCGCUCCUGCCCCAAGGGCUCCCGGGUCUUCCCCUCUGCUGGAGAGGGCUCCCUGCUGAACAAAGAGGCGGUGAAAUAUGGAGAGCUCAUUGUGCUGGGAUACAAUGGCUCCCUGGCCAGUGGGGACAAGGGCCGACGCCGCAGCCGCAUCGCACUCUUCAAGAGGCCGAAGGCCAAUGGGGUGAAGCCGGAUGUGAUACACCACAUCUCUACCCCCCUUGUCUCCAAGGCGCUCAGUAACAAGGGCCAGCACAGCAUCUCCUACACGCUGUCCCGCAGCCACUCGGUGAUUGUGGAAUAUACGCAUGACUGUGAUACGGACAUGUUCCAGAUUGGCCGCUCCACGGAGAACAUGAUUGACUUUGUGGUGACGGACACGGCACCCGGGGGCAGCUGCGCCAGUGAGGGGCAGUCGGCCCAAAGCACUAUCUCCCGCUAUGCCUGCCGCAUCAUCUGUGAGCGCAGCCCUCCCUACACCGCUCGGAUCUACGCCGCAGGCUUCGACUCCUCGCGCAACAUCUUCCUUGGAGAGAGGGCAGCCAAGUGGAGGACGCCGGACGGGCUGAUGGAUGGGCUGACGACCAAUGGGGUGCUGGUGAUGCACCCCAUAGGGGGCUUCAGUGAGGACUCGGCACCCGGCAUCUGGCGCGAGAUCUCGGUGUGUGGGAAUGUGUACGCCCUGCGUGACAGCCGCUCCGCACAGCAGCGGGGCAAGCUGGUGCAGACCGAGUCCAACGUGCUGCAGGAUGGCUCGCUCAUCGACCUGUGUGGGGCCACACUGCUGUGGCGGACCACUGCGGGGCUGCUGCUGACGCCCACCCUCAAGCAGCUGGAGGCGCUGCGCCAGGAGACCAAUGCCGCCCGCCCCCAGUGCCCCGUGGGCUUCAACACGCUGGCCUUCCCCAGCCUGGCCCAGCGCGGCGUGGUGGACAAACAGCAGCCCUGGGUCUACGUCAACUGCGGCCAUGUCCACGGCUACCACAACUGGGGCUUCCGCAAGGAGAAGGGGGGGCUGGAGCGGGAGUGCCCCAUGUGCCGCCGAGCCGGGCCCUAUGUGCCGCUCUGGCUGGGCUGCGAGGCCGGGUUGUACCUGGACGCAGGCCGGCCCACCCACGCCUUCUGCCCCUGUGGCCACGUAUGCUCCCAGAAGACUGUGCAGUACUGGGCCCAGAUCCCGCUGCCCCACGGCACCCACGCCUUCCAUGCUGCCUGCCCCUUCUGCGGCACCUGGCUCACAGGCGAGCGGGGAUUUGUGCGCCUCAUCUUUCAGGGCCCCAUGGACUGAGCCCGGGGACUCAGCAGGGGGACGUGGACUGAGCAGAUGGGGCGGGGCAGGGCCCGGGGACUCAGCAGGGGCGGGGCCCAUGGACUGAGCCGGGGUACCUGGCGGGGGCCAUGGACUGAAUGAGGAGCCAAGCAGGAGCGUAAGUGGAGGAGGAGCCUGUGGCCGAAGCGUGCGUGUGCGUGUGAUGAGGUGAAGCCUGUGGCCUGAGCGGGGGGGACAUGGCAUGGCUCUGUGGACAGAGUGGGGGAUGGGGCAGGUGCGCGGGGGUGCCCAUGGACUGAGUGCGAGUGACCAA